AUGGUGCUCUGGGAGAUUACAUUGGGAACGGCCUAUUUUCUGGGUCUGAAACGAACAUACAGACUGGCUCUCAAGAUUCAGCGCAAGCUUAUUAGUCCCAAGCAUCCUAAGAUCCGUCAAUUUGCUCAAAGACGAACUCGUGCUGCAUUUGAUGUUGCACUCACAGUUCAUCGCAAUAUACAAGAAAGGGAUAUUGAAGUUGGGCGAAAUCUUGGCAAUUGGAUCCUUCGUUGGCUUGAUAAAAUGAAACCAUCAGCUCAAAUCCGAGUAAAGCACCCCUCAGACAGGACUGCCAACAAAAACAUAAAAAAGCCGUUGAAUAACUCGUCACACCUGAACAAUCAAGGAGGGUUUCCCAAAUCCAGUUCAAGAAGUCAGUAUAAGGAAUCCGCUAGGCAUCUUUUUACAGCGGCAAGGAACGUGUGGCCAAAACCCUUUCCUACAGUUGCAAUGAUGAUGCGACCAAUGAGGCCAGCUGGAAGUAACAUUCAGUACAGGCAAUUCAGCACUGGAGCCUCUGAGGCUUUCACCGUGGAUUUUGGAAAAUUUGGUUUUGGAGUAAUUAGGAAUGAUAUAAGGCAAUGGAUUCUGCAGAGCUAA